UCCCCUUCACACACACACCCUGGCCUGCCCCCUCCGAUCCUGCCAAAGCUCAGAAUAACCCUGAGAAUCAGACAGCAGGAUGGUGGGGGCUCUGCUUGGUGCCCUGCUCCUCUUGGGGCUUCUUGGCAGUGGUGAGGGGGAAAAUGAGGAACUGCGUCUUUAUCACCAUCUCUUCGACAACUAUGACCGAGGAAGCCGGCCAGUGAAGCAGCCUGAGGAUACUGUCACUGUCACCCUCAAGGUCACCCUGACAAAUCUCAUUUCACUGAAUGAGAAAGAGGAGACUCUAACCACUAGCAUCUGGAUUGGAAUUGAAUGGCAAGAUUACCGACUCAACUACAGCAAGAACAACUUUGGGGGCAUAGAAACCCUGCGGGUCCCUUCAGGAUUUGUAUGGCUACCAGAGAUUGUGCUGGAAAACAAUAUUGAUGGCCAGUUCGGGGUAGCCUACUACUCUAACGUGCUAAUCUACGAGGGCGGUCUCGUGUACUGGUUGCCGCCGGCCAUCUACCGCAGUACCUGCACCGUGGAGGUCACCUAUUUUCCCUUCGACUGGCAGAACUGCUCACUCAUUUUCCGCUCUCAGACGUACAAUGCCCAAGAGGUGGAGUUCACCUUUGCGGUGGACAAGAAUAACGAGAUCAUCAACAAGCUCGAGAUCGACACUAAGGCCUUUACUGAGAACGGGGAGUGGGCCAUUGACUUCUGUCCCGGAGUGAUCCGCCACUACAAAGGUAUCUCUGCUGACAGCCCUGGGGAAACUGACGUCAUCUACACGCUGAUCAUCCGCAGGAAGCCCCUCUUUUACAUCAUUAACAUCAUCGUGCCCUGUGUGCUCAUUUCGGGCUUAGUGCUGCUCGCCUACUUCCUGCCGGCGCAGGCCGGUGGCCAGAAAUGCACUGUCUCCAUCAACGUCCUGCUCGCUCAGACCGUCUUCUUAUUCCUAAUAGCCCAGAAAAUCCCAGAGACUUCUCUGAGCGUGCCGCUGCUGGGCAGGUACCUUAUUUUCGUCAUGGUGGUCGCCACGCUGAUUGUCAUGAAUUGCGUCAUUGUGCUCAACUUGUCUUUGAGGACGCCCACCACCCAUGCCAUGUCUUCACGGCUGCGCCACGUUUUCUUGGAGCUGCUGCCACGCAUCCUGGGCUCCGGGUCGCCCUCCGAGGCUCCCCAGGCCGCCUCGCCCCCUAGGCGGGCGUCAUCAGUGGGUUUAUUGCUCCGCGCGGAGGAGCUGAUACUGAAAAAGCCGCGGAGUGAACUCGUGUUUGAGGGGCAGAGACUCCGGCACGGGACCCGGACUGCUGCCCUCUGCCAGAGCCUGGGCUCCGCUGCCCCAGAGAUCCGCUGCUGUGUGGAUGCCGUGAACUUCAUGGCUGAGAGCAUGCGAGACCAGGAGGCCGCCGGCGAGGAGGUGUCCGACUGGGUGCGCAUGGGGAAGGCUCUUGACAACAUCUGCUUCUGGGCUGCUCUGGUGCUCUUCAGCGUGGGCUCCAGCCUCAUCUUCCUUGGGGGUUACUUCAACCAAGUGCCUGAUCUCCCCUUUCCACCUUGUAUCCAACCUGAGCCAGCACCAAAUUCAACUUCCCCACCACCUUCCAGUAGGAAAUAGAUUCUGAAAAAAGCUACUGUCAUUGUAUUAUGAUCCUUUCCACUGCUGACAUCUGUAUGAACUUCCCAAGAGCAAUGGUGUGUGCUACCGUGCUUAGGUCUGGCUCCAGGGCAGGGCUCAGCAGAAGGCAGGUGGGCUCUUGGGCACCAAUCCUUCAGAAAGUAAGGCCUGCCCUUCAUGCAGUCUCGCUGACCUCCCAGCUUUUCUGGAACCUAUGAGCUUUCAAGUUACUUAGUCCAUUUGAUAGCCAAACCAGACAGACCUCUUUGCAGGACUUGCACAUAGGGAGGAUGGACACAGGAAGUCCUGUCCUUCUCUGGCCUGGCUCUGCUGGAGUGGGUGGGGACCAAAUACUCUCAAUGCAGGUGGUCCUCAGGCCCAGAGGCCCUACUUCAGUCAUCUCUUCUAGCAUUUCUUGGCCUACCACCCUACUGCUACCCUACUCCACCCCAUUAAGAGUCACUCAUUGCUGAUCCCAUCCUACCCAUUUGUUUCAUCCCAACUCUGCAGGCUCUCUCUGGUUAGUAUCCAGGAUUGUGAGAGAAAACAAUAAAACAGGGUCUGAAAUG